GAAACGUGAACAGGAGGAUGUUUUGCCCGACUUCCCUCGUCUUUGUUUGUUUCCGCCUCUCUUAGGUUUCACUCUCGGCCCAGUUCGAUUGCGCGACACCGACUGUGAGUAAUCGCACCUGCUUUUCAGUUAAUCCUCCGCCCGCUGAAUUCAUUUCGCCACACCCAGUGAUGCAUGCGUGAUUAAGCUGGUUCCAAAUCUGUCCGAUCGUAUCGAAAUCAGAACGUCCUUUUCGGUUCAUUCAUCGCGUCGGGAUGGAACAAAUUUUAGAUUUUGACGAGGAAUAUGGAAUCAGUAAGAGGAACAAGGGAAAGGGUGUUGUGAAAAGCGAGCAAGAAGUGGACAGGAUCAAGGAUUUGCCGGAUUCCAUCUUGAUUCACAUCCUCUCGCUUUUACCCACUAGGGACGCUGUGAGAACCCUAAUCAUCCCUAGCUUCGGUCGCCUCUGGACUUCGAUUUACAACCUGGACUUUGAUUGGUGCCUGUACCACGACUGCUGGGACAAUUCGCCCUUGCACUACAGAGACGACGAGAGCAGCCUGUCGAGGUUUGCGGAGUUUGUUCGCCACGUGCUCGCGCUUCACCAAGGUUCCAGGAUUUGUAAAUUCCGCCUUCGUUUCGAGUUUUCGAUAGAUCGCCAAUUGGAUGACCUAAUGUACCUCGAGCUCGAGCCCGAGGAGCUAGAGGUCAUGAUUAGGACUGGGGGAUUGGCAGGUGAGGUCAAUCGUUGGAUCGAACAUGCGGUGAAUAGAAAUGCUGAGAUCCUCGAUUUGGAUUUUCUGGCAUGCGGCUUUCCCACCGCGGGAUAUAAGUAUGAAUUGCCUGGUUUUGUUCUCCAGAGCAGCUUCUUAACUGAGUUGAAGUUGGUGAGCUGCAAGGUGAAUGUAUCUACAACUAUUGUCAUGAGGGCGCUUAAAGUGUUGUAUCUUAAGGAAAUCGCGUUGAGGGAUGAUUCGAUCAAGAACUUUAUAGACGGGUGUCCAGGGCUCGAGAGUUUGACUGUACUGGAUUGUUACGGCCUGUGUGAACUGAAUUGUGCUUCCCAGAUACUCAGGAGUGUGACGGUGGCUCCAGGUAUUCUUGAGGAGUCAAAAGUUAAAGUCGCCUGUCCAAAUAUCAAGUCACUAAGCAUCUCUGGAUGGAUUGAGCGUCUGGAACUAGAGAACCUAUCAUCUCUGCGAGAUGCAUCCGUUGAUUUUUGUGAUUGUUUCUUCUGUGUACCUGAUGAGUAUUGUGAGGUCCAAAAGAUUCUGGAGGAGCUCCAUCAAGUGAGAGUACUUACAAUGCAUCAUCACCCAAUUCUGGUUCUCACGAUAUGGGAAUUGACAGAUUUGGCUUGCCCAACCAACAGUUGGCAGCGAUUGAAUCUUAGGACGAUGCUAACCAAAUGGCACCUCCCUGGAAUUGCCAAUGUAUUGAGAAGCUCUCCUAGCUUGGAAGUGCUAGAUAUACACAUCAUCCCGGGCGAAGUGCCGUCCACUGCUGGCCAAGAAGCAUGGCUGCAUUUGUACCAGAUCGGUGAGGGGAACUACUGGGAUUUACAAGAUCACUCUUUUGGUUGUCUUACAGGCUACCUCAGAAUUGUCAGAGUGUCAGGCGACAUUACGAACGAACAUGCAAUGCAAUUAGUGCAGUUUUUACUUCGUAAGGCAUUGGUUUUACAGAAGCUUGUCGUCUCUUGGGGGCCGAAUGAUUGCUCCAUUUCAGUCGAGGAAUCAAAGGAGUAUUCCGACAAGUUGUUGAGCUUUCCAAGGUGUUCUCCUCAAGCUGUGGUUUUGUUUUCAAAUGAAUGAUGUCCUUUCCUGAAUGCUAGGAUUAAUCCGAGGGUCAACAAGAAGCGGCACCUACAGCAAGGGUGGUUGAUAGUUGAUACAGUCUUGAUCAACCAGAUAUUGUGGUUAUGAAGCAUAUCUGAUCAAGCUUUUCUGCAGUGUUGGGUUUUGGUUUACCAUUCUUCCUUCCUUCCGAUUUCCUUUUCUAUCGAGCAACAGGGUUUACCUUUUGAACAUGCACCGACAUCGGGAUCGCCCGAGGAGCCUGCUUGAAAACUACUUUUCUGUACAUAUACUUGGCAGGCCAUCCUUUUUUUUCAUCCUGUUGAUCAGGCCAUCCUGUUUGGAGCGACCUUUUUAUCCUUGUAAGUACACUCAAUUUCUCGAGCUCUUUCACAAGACCAUGAAUGUAAACAAAUUACAUCCAAUAAUCUUUCUGUCCAUGGCAGAUCUAGGUGAAUUAUGGAAGCUCAUUAUAAGCAAUAAAUUCAGUCAUAGAAGUUAGAAUAAUGUAA